CGUUAAGGCGCAGCCCCGGGGGGGGCGCUGAGGGGAGGCUGCUGCCUCCGCCGCCACACGGGUGACGCGACACGACGGGACACGGCAGGACGUCGCCAGGGGUUAUCAUUGCGUACUACUGAAGUCUGCUGGUGCUCUCCAGAAAACCUUAUCUCUGCUGCCUGAUCUGCUGAGGCUGUUUCUAAUAAAACUUAACUACAGAGAAGUGGAUUCAGCUCCUUCCUGAGGCAUGGAGACAAGAAAUAGAAGUUUUGCCAGUUCUCUGCAUUUUCCUCUGACUCUGCUCCAGUGAGGCCUUCCUGCUGACACUUCAGGAUCCAAAGCGCAGCUCCAUCGACCAGGUUCUUCCACUGGCAGCAGACCAGGCGGCACACCAGCACCAAAUCCACCGCAGCCCGGCGCUGUAGGGUCCCCGGGAUCUUCCGCCGCGUAGCCCGGCGCGGAGGCCGUCGGUCUGCCAUGACGACCGUCCUGGACCUCCCCGAGGAUGUCCUGGUGGAGCUGCUGUCCCUGCUCCCGGCCCGGGACCUGCUCCGCGCCUGCAGGCUGGUCUGCAGGCAGUGGCGGUACGUGGUAGACCUGACCACCCUGUGGAAGCGCAAGUGCCAGCGAGAGGGGUUUUACACGCAGAAUUUGGACAGAAGCAUCACUGACUGGAAGAUCUUCUACAUGCUCUGCAACUUGAAGAGAAACUUAAUCAAAAACCCCUGUGCCGAAGAGAAAUUUCAGCACUGGAAACUUGAUAAAAAUGAAGGAGAUAAAUGGAAGAUUGAGGAUCUGCCUGGAGCUCAUGGAAAUAUGAUGCCAGACCCCGAAGUACACAAAUACUUUGUCACUUCCUAUGGGCCAUGCUUCAAGUCUCAACUCAUUAACCUGCAGAAAGAAGGAUACUGGAAUCAGUUGAUGGAUGAGAAAAGGCCUGAAAUUGUAGUCAAGGACUGGUAUUCUGCCAGGUUUGACUGUGGGUGUCGCUACGAGCUGACAGUGAGGCUGCUUUCUAAAGACUACAUUGUCCUUGAGGAGUUCCACCCCGAGCCAGUGGUCAUAGAGCAGUGGAGUGAUGCCAUGUGGAGAGAGAUUUCUCACACCUUCCAGAAUUACCCACCUGGAGUUCGUUACAUCUGGUUUCAGCAUGGAGGCCAAGACACCCAGUUCUGGGCAGGAUGGUACGGGAUCCGAGUGACGAACACCAGCAUCACCAUCGGACCCCUGACGCGGGUAUGAAAUACAAGUGUCUGCUUUUACCUCAGGACUGUAACCGGGCGGUCUCAGGUGCACUUAUUUCUCUGUACUCCUUGGUGGGUGUCCUGGCUUUGUCUUGCACAGAUGAUCCCAAAUAGAAGCAGCCAGUUCUUCUUGCAGCAGAACUUCUGCAGGCCCAGCCCUCUGGAAGGACUUGUCUUCCUCUUUCAUUCUCUUGUACCAUGGAUGUUACUGCAAUUACUAGUGCCCUUCCACAGGAGGAACAUUAGGACAAUUAAAUGACACGUCUUUUCUACUUAUUAUGUCCUUGUGCUACAGAUAAAUGCUUGUCUUAAAUGGAAAACCUUUCUUUUUUUGUUUAUGUAACUUAUGAAAGAUAAGACUAAAAUGUUUCAUUUCAGAUUAUCAAUCUGAAGGGCUCUGCUACAGAGAGAUUUAUUUUGUAUAGUAUUUUCCCAUUUCAUUUUAAUUCUGUAUAAAAACAUGUAUCUUUCACGUCAGUUCUUUCAUAAGGGAAUAGUCAAUGCUUUUUCAGAAAUGCUGUGUCAUUAGUACUUAAUUUCUUACCGUUUCUGUAAGCAUAUAUGAUCAAAAAGGUAUAUACCUUCCCUGUCCCAAUACAGCCCAGCAUUGUUUGAAUAAACAGCUACAGAAAGAAAGAGGAGAUCAGGAAUCCUGGAAGGUGGUUACCUCACAGCAUAAGUGCCUUUUGAUUGUGCUGGGCUUUCUCCAUGCUGCCUUUGUACUCCCAGAGUAUGUGGUUUGUACUGAAGAGUCUAACCCUAUAUAAAAUGUUAAAGCAGUGCACAA